AUGGUGCUGAAGCUCACGCUGCGCUGCCUGGUCCGCAUGGGCUACCAGUGCACCUUCGGCGUGCUGCAGCUGCCUCUGUUCCCGGAGCCCCUGCACGUGUUUGCGCCCCGCGCCUGCCAGCUGAGCGUGGUGGUGGACGACAAGAAGUUCGUGAGCAACAUCACGAGGUUGAGCUCCGCUCCCUUCCGAACCAUCACUGUGCGGGACACGAUGUCCGACCUCCCCGAGAUCCGGAACGGAGCCUCUGCGCCCGAGAUCUCCUACAACGGCGAGCCUCAGUCCUGGUUCCAGAGGCAGCUGCGGGGCUCGCACUACCAGCCCACCCUCAGGGACCACAUCUGCAAGGGCCGGGUGCUGCACCCGGAGCAGCACCGCGUGGUGAGCGUGCGGGAGUGCGCCCGCUCCCAGGGCUUCCCCGACACCUACCGGCUCUUUGGCAACAUCCUGGACCGGCACCGGCAGGUGGGAAACGCCGUGCCGCCUCCCCUCGCCAAAGCCAUCGGCUUGGAGAUCAAGCUGUGCAUGUUGGCCAGAGCCCGAGAGGGCGCCUCAGCUAAAGUGAAGGAGGAGGGGACGGCUUCGAAGGCCUAGGUCACAUCCGUCACCCCGAUUCCACUGCCGGGAGACCCCACGUGCACUGAUGUCGUCGUCGUCUAACGUGUUGAGCUGUCGGUCCCAGUGUGUCGUACACAGUGUCUGUGGCCUUGGCUGACACGAAACUGUCCGUGAGGUUUGCUUAUCGACUAAUGACUUAGUGAUCAAACUGUGCCGUUCUUUGUGCAUUCUGGAUUUUAAAGGUUUUUUAUUAUGCAUUAUAUCAAAUCUUCCACUGUAAAGUGGAAAUUAAGACUUUAUGUAGUUUUUAUAUGUUGUAAUAUUUCUUCAAAUAAAUCUCUCCUAU